AUGUCUUUCGUCUCAAACUCAGAAGAAAGGAAAAAGAAAUGGAUGACUUUUAUGGAAACGAAUCGAAUGUUCUUUGGAAGCGGCAACGACGAGAACGAGAACGAGAUGAACGAGAACAAGUCGUGUCUGAUCGUGGUCGAUGUGCAAAACGAUUUCCUCUCACCAACUGGCGCCUUGUCCGUCCCAAAUUCGGAAGAAAUCAUCGAGGAUGUGAACGCGUUAGUCGAUGUAUUCUCCGAGAGAAACGAGCUGGUGAUUUUUACCCAAGACUGGCACUGCCCAGAGCACUCCUCGUUCGCGAGCGCGGAAAAGAAUAAGAAACCGUUCGACGAGGUGGUGAAGUGUUACAAAAAAAACGAAGGAGGAGAAGUAAAAGUGGUGCAGACGUUAUGGCCGGACCAUUGCGUGCAAGGGACGAAAGGCGCGGAGUUUCACGAGAGAAUUCGAGUCCCCACUUCGGCGAAAGUUAUUCGGAAAGGGUUCCGUAAACGGGUGGAUUCGUACUCGGCGUUUCUGGAAAACGAUAAAGAAACGGAAACUGGGUUGAGCGAGUUUAUUCGCGGCGUGAAUAAAGGAUUGGAGUUAUCAUCAUUAACAUCAUCAUCGAAGAGUGAUGAUAACGCCGCGAAAAGUCCAAAAAUCACGCACUGCGUGAUCGUCGGCGUCGCUUUCGAUUAUUGCGUCCGUUUCACCGCCGAGGACGCUUUCGAGCUCUUCGAUCGCGUCGUCGUUUUGGAAGACGUGACUCGAGCGGUAAAUCUCGGUGACUCGGUCAAAGAGGCCAGAAAAGCGAUGGAACAGAAAGGCGUUCACGUGGUUAAAAUCAGCGACGGGGACAACAACAUAUAA